AUGGACAGCAGGCGGAUCUUGGUGAUUGCAGGCUCGGACAGCUCCGGCGGCGCCGGCCUCGAGGCAGACCAAAAGGUCAUUGCCGCCCAUGGAUGCUAUGCCAUGACGGCCACGACGGCCCUGACGGCGCAAAACACUCUCGGCGUCUAUGGCAUUCAUGCGAUUCCGCCCCAGUUUCUAAAGCAGCAAAUCGAUGCCUGCUUUGACGACAUUGGUGUCGAUGUCGUGAAAACAGGCGAGUCAUGGCAGCGCUGCGUCCCCAAACAACGGACAUUCACUAACUACAUGAACAGGGAUGCUGGCAUCGGCCGAGACGAUCAAGCUCGUGGCCGACACGUUGGAACAACGAGCCGUCACCAAAUCUGUGAUCGACCCCCCACGACAGGCGCAACAUUGCUGCCACCGGAGGCCCUGGCCGACUUUGGCAAACUGGCCAGACUUGCCUACGUUCUGACUCCCAACAUUCCCGAGCUCAAGCUUCUGUUGGGAUGCAAAGACGAGCCCAUUGAAACCGUCGCAGAUCUGGAGCGGUUGGCGCGGCUGGCGUGCGACAACCUCGGCUCGACAUGGGUGUUGGCCAAGGGCGGCCACACCCCAUUCAAAGCCGACUACAGUGUCGCCAAGACGGACGUAGACCGGGCACUUAUUGUCAACGUCCUCGCGGGGCGAGAUGGUCAACUGAUCCGCAUCGAGAGCCAGUACCAAGACUCCAAGAACACCCACGGAACGGGCUGCUCUUUAGCAUCCGCCAUUGCGUCAAACCUGGCCAAAGGCCUCGAUGUCGAGGCCGCAGCUCGUGCUGCAUGCCGGUACAUCGACGCCGCGAUCCGCCACGCACCCCGCCUUGGCAAAGGCCACGGUCCUCUCAACCACUUCCACUCGCUCUUCGCUCUGCCGUUUUCCCGUGGCCAUUUCCUGGACUAUGUCCUUGAACGUCCAGAUGUCGUCGACAUCUGGCACCAGUUUGUCAACCACCCGUUUGUCAAGGCACUCGGUGCGGGCACCCUGCCCCGCGAGUCUUUCAAAGGCUACCUGACCCAGGACUACCUCUACUUGGUGUGUGCUGUCGCUGACCAUUCUCGUGCCACCCUACCACACGCCCUUGUUUCCCGAACACCAAACAAAAAAGCGCAUAAUAUGAGACUUCCUAACAGGCACCAGGUUCAUUUUGCACGAGCGGGCGCGCUGGCCGCGUACAAGUCCAAGAACAUGCCGGACAUUGUCAGCUCGGCAGCUCUGGUCCAAGGAGUGGAGCACGAGAUGCAGUUGCAUCUGAAGUUCUGUGCCGAGUUUGGCCUCGCCAAACAAGACAUGGAGGCCACUGAGGAGAACAUUGCCUGCACUGCCUACAGCAGAUACAUCCUCGACAUCGGCCACUCGGAAGACUGGUUUGCCCUGCAGGUCGCACUCGCUCCCUGCGUGCUUGGAUACGGCGCCGCAGCUCGUGCCCUCCAUCAAACGCAUGCCACGAACAAGGAUGACACACACCCGUACUGGAAGUGGGUAGAGAACUACACCAACGACGACUAUGGUGUCGUGGCCAAGGCAACAAUGGACAAGAUCGAACGGCAUGCCGUCCUGCAGUCGGCCUCCAGAAUCGAAGAAUUGAUCAAGAUCUUCAAGCAAGCGAUCAAGAUGGAGAUUGGCUUUUGGAAUAUGUACAGCGCAGAGUAA